AUUAUACACUUAUUAUAUUUGAGAUUUAUUUAUGAAUAAUCUGCCUUAAUAACAGUAUUAUCACUUUUUCACGUUUUUCUAAUUCUGUAAUUUACUAGAUAUCAGUUUGUUGGGUAUUAUUACCUAUUUUUUGUGUGUUAAAAGUUCAUAAAAGCCUUCAAACUGGGGAACGAAAUGUCAUCCUCCGCAAUGGAAAAACAUUUAUUUAAUUUAAAAUUUGCUGUGAAGGAGUUAGAACGCAAUUCAAAAAAAUGUGAAAAAGAAGAAAAACUAGAAAAAGAGAAAGCUAAGAAAGCUAUACAGAAAGGUAACAUGGAGGGGGCACGAAUACAUGCAGAGAAUGCGAUUAGGCAGAAGAACCAAGCUCUCAACUACCUAAGGAUGUCAGCGAGAGUUGAUGCUGUUUCUAGCAGAGUUCAAACAGCAUUAACAACUAGAAAGGUUACAAAUUCAAUGGCCGGUGUAGUAAAAGCAAUGGAUGCAGCAAUGAAAUCAAUGAACUUAGAGAAAAUUUCUACACUAAUGGACAAGUUCGAGAGUCAGUUUGAGGAUUUGGAUGUCCAGUCGUCCUACAUGGAGAAUGCGAUGUCACAAACUACGACAACUACAGUUCCCCAAGGAGACGUUGAUAAUUUACUUCAACAGGUUGCAGAUGAAGCUGGGUUGGAGCUAAAUAUGGAACUUCCAUCUGGUGUUCCGAGCACAUCUAUUGGUACCGCAACUGUUGUUUCCCAAGAACAAGACGAACUCACACAGAGACUUGCCAGGUUGAGACAAGCAGAAUAAAUGUGAAUCAGUUUAAUUGGAUCAGAGCUAUUGUAAUACAUGUAAAUGUUCAAACCUUAAAGGUAUGGUUGUUGGUAAUCAAAUUAUAAACAAAUGUUCUCAUAUUCUCUGAAAUAUGGUAUUUUUAAUUAUCAUUUUUCACGGAUAUUUAAUUAAAAUCUGUCAAUGAACAAAUCUAUCUUUUAAACAAUAGCUAGAUCUUUGUGAGAUUGUGUCCAAUUUGCAUGUGUCUUAUAAAAUGCUACUGCUGUAUAGAUUAUAUUAUUCCAUGUAUUAUAAAAUUUAUAAAUAGUAAGUUUUUAAUUUUAUAAACUAAUUCUAUAAAUGAAUAUUUUGUACGAUGAACACAAUGAAUAUUGGAAUUUAUUCCAAGCUCAUUAAUUAGUAUAUAUUAAGAAAAAGUAUGUUACAUUGAUAAUUCACAUUAAUGUCUCUUAAUGUUUCACUUUUUUCCUUAUUCUGUAUUUUUUUUUAUUUGUAUGGAUAAAAGUGAAUUCUCUCAUAAAUAUUUUUGGUUUAACCACAGGUUUUAUUGUUUCUUAAGCCUUGCAUAUCGGUCCCACUAUGCGCAUAGGAAGGGACGUUUAGAUAAGAACAUCUAUUAAAACAGUCAUGGUCUAAGCAUUCAAUCGUAUAUUAUAAAUUAUAAUAAAGGAACUUUCUAAAAUUGUUUAGCUAUGCUUUCGGACGUCCCGCAAAAAAAUAAUGCAUUGUUUUUCAAGAAAAAAGAGAAAAGUUCGAUUUUAUUUGACUUUGGUAACAUCAAUGUUUCAUUUCGUGAUCUAAACGAGGAGGAAUUUAAGAGACACGAUAUAAUUUUUAAAAACCUAUUCUUAUAGUUUUU